AUGUCCCUCCGUGUCCUCCUGGCAGUGGUGGUGGCUGUUCUCUAUCUGUCCCCGGUAACGUUAACCCGGGCUGGGGACAGGACAGAGGGGACUCCCGACCCAUCCUACGUGGCCGCAGUCUAUGAGCCGCACGUGCCUCUGUCCCGGGACGCGGCGCUCGAACACAUGAUGAGGAACAGGCCGCGCGGGCGGCGGAACAGGUAUGGUACACCUUGUUCCUUCACAACACACAGAGAAACAACCUCCACGCAUCUUUCUCUUUCUCAAAAGCCUUUAUUGGCAUGGAAAGUGUUAUACAUUGCCAAAGCAAACAUAGAUACUCUCUCCAACUCUCUCUUCCAGGGGGCUCAUAUCAUAGUAUUUCCAGAGGAUGGUAUCCAUGGGUUCAACUAGAGUCGUCUGUCCAUCUUUGGUUACCUAGAGACCAUCCCUGACCCACUGACUGAGGACUGGAACCCCUGUACACAGCCUGACAGACACAAUCACACUGAGGUAUAAACACACACCUUUACUUACCACUGUGGAUCCAUAUCUAAUGUCAUCAAAUGUCUGUGUUAAUGUGUGUGUUCUGCCCUGUUCUCUCUCAGGUCCUCCAGAGUUUGAGCUGCAUGGCUCGACGUCACCAACUCUACCUGGUGGCCAACAUGCCUGACCUCCAGCCCUGCCCUCUGACCUCUCACCCCCCCUGUCCCCCCGACGGGCACUGGCAGUUCAACACUGAUGUAGUCUUCAGGUUGGUAGUAAAUGUUUUGUUUUAAACACGUUUGUUGAUCCUGUGAGAAAAAUGUAUUGUACGGGGAGCACUACAUGUAUUGUAAACCUCCAGAGGUUCUCUUGGAAUAGGGGUGUUCAUUUGUAUUGAUUUCCAGAAGCUUUUUAGUUAUACAGGAGGGACUUUCAAUUAUGUUUUUGCUUUUCGCCCAAAGUGCACCAUACCAUCAACCAUUCUCUAUAGGACUUUAUUUGAUUUGUAUAACAAUUGUAUUACUUUUACACGAUGUUUUGGGUUAUAUAGAUUAACAUUAAUUUUCUUUUCCCAUUCACUGCAGGUCUGAUGGUUCCCUGGCGGCUCGCUACCACAAACAAAACCUGUUCUUCGAGAAGGAAUUCAAUACCCCGCCCAGACUAGAGGUGGUGACCUUUGACACGCCGUUCGCCGGACGGUUUGGGGUGUUCACCUGCUUCGACAUCCUGUUUCACGACCCUACUGUCAGGCUACUGGAGCAGGUAUACACACACCUUUUCCCACAAUGUUUCAUUAUGGAUCCAAAUUAAUUCAUCAAAAGUCUGUUCAUGUCUCUCUCUCUCUCCUCUUCCCCCCCCCUUCCUCUACUAACAGCAGUUCAGUUCCAGAGAGCGGUCAGUCUGGGAGCUAACGUCACUCUGCUGGCGGCUAACCUCAGGCAUGACAGCAAGGCCAUGACGGGCAGCGGCAUCUUCACCCCAAGUACUUCCAUCUACCACCAUGCCGGGAAGCCAGAGGAGAGGAAGCUGCUGGUGUUGAGGAUACCUGUACUGGACAGUGACUGGCUGGCAACAAAGAAGCAGGCAAAGGGGCAGGGGGAGACAGGAGGAGAGGGUGAACCUCUCUCUGCCGUUCUUCCUUCCCUGUCUACCACUCCCUCCCCUUCCCCUUCUCGCUUCAAUGCCUCUAUGAUGGGUGACCUGUUCUCCUUCGCCUUGCUGCUUGAUUCAGAGGGCCAGCUGACAGUGUGUGAUGGUCCACUCUGCUGCCAACUGCAGUACCGACGGUCCACACAGGGUGGCAAUACGGAGCUCUAUGCUCUAGGGGCGUUCGCUGGCAAUCACACAGGUGCCAGACAUUUCGGUUUUGGGUCAAUUCCAUUUAAAUUCCAGUCAAUUCAGGAAGUACACUGAAAUGUAAAUUAAUGAGAAAUGUCAAAUUGGAAUUUGGUUUACUGAAUUGAAAUGGAAUUGACCCAACCCUGAUUACAACUUAGAUUUGGAACUGGUAGGGAUCCUGUGUUUGUGUAUACAUGCAAUGUGUGUUGUAUUUAAUUCUACAGCUGUGAUCUUAAAUUUACAUUUUAGUCAUUUAGCAGACGCUCUUAUCCAGAGUGACUUACAGGAGCAAUUAGGGUUAAGUGCCUUGCUCAAGGGCACAUCAACAGAUUUUUCACCCAGUCGGCUCAUGGCAUUAAUGAUUAACCCCUCCCCCUCCAGGUGUGUGCGUUGGUCCGCUGCUCGGGGUCGGAGGUCAGCUCCUGUGGAAAGGGAGUGAAGGAGGCUGAGUCUAGAGUGGACUUCCGGUUGGAGGGGAAGUUCGGAACGCGUUACGUUUACCCAUCUAUGCUAGGUAGCGGCAUGGUUGUAGAUCGACCCGACCUGAUCGAGAAGACAGAUGGUCGAGUGGCCGUGGAACACUCAGGGAUGACCGUCGGGCUGGUGACCGCAUGUCUCUACGGCAGGGUGUAUGACCAGGACUAGUGUGUGUGAGAGAGUAAAUGUUGUUCUCUGUACCGUUUCUGUUGUCUAAAAUGACACCCUUUUCCCUUUAAAGUGGACCACAUCAUGACUGUUCCCUAUAAUAUAGUUGAAUACAUCAUGCCACCUAUUCCCCAUGUAGUGUGCAUGCCACCUAUUCCUCCUGAAGUGUGCACGCCACCUAUUCCUCCUGAAGUGUGCACUACCAAAAGCAUUGGCUUGGUGUAGGCAUGGGUUAUAUACUAGUCAUUUCCUUACAAAUCGUUGAAGGAAAGUGAACAAGUGCACACCGAAGGAAGUUAUUGGGACGCACCCCCUAUUCCUUAUGUAGUGCAUACAUGUGCUUCAUCUAUUCCCACUAAUUUGGAGAACUCAGGCAUUUUAAAAUAAACUAAUUGUUUUAUUCGUUGUCAUUAUUAAGAACAUUGCACCAUAUUAAGUCCAUAUUCUGUCUUUAGACUUCUGUCCCCUGAAAAAGGCAACGUUUCACACAUGCACACUCGUGUUUCCUUUCUCAGGUACAGUGUAGAAAUGUUUAGGGUGUGAAGUGUUAAAACUGACCGUACCUUAGUGACUGAGGCCUUACUAACUCCUCUCCUGGAGGAAUCAACUAUGAAUCAGACAGUAGUAACUAGUAUUAUAACUCUCCUGUGAGAUUCAGUAUUGACUCAGCAUUAGGAGGUGAACAGUGAUCAAUUCUGUCUCUGUUUGUCCAUUAUAAUUAAACUCUUAACUAGAAUAAAACUAGUCUGUUUAGCUAUCAUUCCACUCCUGUCAUGCUAAACAGCUUUGGCAUUUGACACGGAGUACAAGGAGUGGAAUAUUAGCUAAACACACUGGUACCCAGGCUAGAACAGACUGGUAUCCAGAAAACCCCUAAAAGGAAGAGACCUGGAGAUACAGAGGAAAGGAGAAAGUAGAGCUGUAAAGUCUGUUGGUCUGUUUGGCUAGGCUUGUCCCUCUGCUCUCUCCAUACGUACAGCCCCAGCCCUUUCAUUGUCAUAGGGCAGAUGUUUGGUAGCAGACCAAUCCUAGAGGACUGGAGCUACCCACCCUUGCCACCCAGUCCAGAAGACUCCAGUCCUCGUUUUCCUUUAGUAUUAAAGCUCUUCUUGGUAAGGGACGAGAGGACAGAAUGUAGUGGAGUGAGUGGUUUAGAGAGUAGAUUCCUAAAAUCCUGCCAAAGAGGAGGAGGUAUAUCCAAAGUAGGCGUGUCUUCAGUAGGUCUCAGAAUCAGAGUCGUUAAAUUCGUUAUCGUCGUCGGGGGAAACACAGAGUAGGCGGUCCUGCCUGCAGUAAGAGGUGUGGUCAGGCCUCAGAGGGGGAGGGGACUCAAAUGCUACUCCUUUUGAUUGGUGGUUGGAGUAGUGAUUGACAGAUUGAAGCGUUGCCACGGUGACACGAGGGGAAGCAUGAAGCGUUGCUAUUGAGACCAGGGGAGAGGCGGGCAGCAUGGAGUUAAGAAUGAGAGUGAGACAGUCGGCUACAUCUCUGUUAGGUGCACAGGACAGGGCUGGAGUAUAACCUAGGGGGGAGAGAGAAAGGGAGGGUGAGUGUGUGCAGGGCAGGCCCCCCCAUUAGGCAGGAUUAGGCGGCAGAUUGACGAGGGCAGCAUUUUCCAAGGUAAACUGACCAAUACACCCCCAACAACAUAACACCUCACAUAAUUCUGCCCCAAAACAAUGAAAACUUCUCUCACCCAGUGGCAUAUGGGCUAUUAAAGUGAGUGCUGAUGCCGGUCCAAGAUAAGCAGUUUCCACUUUGCCAAAGGAAAAAUAUGUAUCUUGUCCAUGCCCAGCGUGCCUCCCCAUGGUGCUGUUGGAGACGCAGCACUGCUCCAACAAUGCUCUGUCAGUAAUCUAACAUAUAUCAUGUAGGCUAGCCCAGGGUUUCCCAACCCAACCCCCCCCCAGACGUUUCACAUUUUUGCUUUAACCCUAAACUGGUACACCUGAUUAAAUUAGUCAAAGGCUUGAUGAUUAGUUGACUAAUUGAAUCAGGCCUGAAGAGAGGGCUGGGUAACCCUGGCCUAGCCUAUACGGUAGAAAGAGUAUGUACAGUUGAAGUCGGAAGUCUACAUACACUUAGGUUGGAGUCAUUAAAACUUGUUUUUCAACCACUCCACAAAUUUCUUGUUAACAAACUAUAGUUUUGGCAAGUCGUUUAGGACAUCUACUUUGUGCAUGACACAAGUAAUUUUUCCAACAAUUGUUUGCAGACAGAUUAUUUUACUUAUAAUUCACUAUCACAAUUCCAGUGGGUCAGAAGUUUACAUACACUAAGUUGACUGUGCCUUUAAACAACUUGGAAAAUUACAGAAAAUUAUGUAAUGGCUUUAGAAGCUUCUGAUAGGCUAAUUUACAUCAUUUGAGUCAAUUGGAGGUCUACCUGAGGAUGUAUUUCAAGGCCUACCUUCAAACUCAGUGCCUCUUUGCUUAACAUCAUGGGAAAAUCAAAAUAAAUCAGCCAAGACCUCAGAAAAAAAUGGUAGACCUCCACAAGUCUAGUUAAUCCUUGGGAGCAAUUUCCAAACGCCUGAAGGUACCACGUUCAUCUGUACAAACAAUAGCACGCAAGUAUAAACACCAUGGGACCACGCAGCCGUCAUACCGCUCAGGAAGGAGACGUGUUCUGUCUCCUAGAGAUGAACGUACUUUGGUGCGAAAAGUGCAAAUCAUUCCCAGAACAACAGCAAAUUACCUUGUGAAGAUGCUGGAGGAAACCGGUACAAACGUAUCUAUAUCCACACUAAAACAAGUCCUAUAUCGACAUAUCCUGAAAGGCCGCUCAGCAAGGAAGAAACCACUGCUCCAAAACCGCCAAAAAAAGCCAGACUACGGUUUGCAACUGCACAUGAGGACGAAGAUAGUACUUUUUGGAGAAAUGUCCUCUGGUCUGAUGAAACAAAAAUAUAACUGUUUGGCCAUAAUGACCAUCGUUAUGUUUGGAGGAAAAAGCCAGCGCUUGCAAGCCGAAGAACACCAUCCCAACCGUGAAGCACGGGGGUGGCAGCAUCAUGCUGUGGGAGUGCUUUGCUGCAGGAGGGAAUGGUGCACUUCAUAAAAUAAAUGGCAUCAUGAGGAAGGAAAAUUAUGUGGAUAUAUUGAAGCAACAUCUCAAGACAUCAGUCAGGAAGUUAAAGCUUGGUCGCAAAUGGGUCUUCCAAAUGGACAAUGACCCCAAGCAUACUUCCAAAGUUGUGGCAAAAUGGCUUAAGGACAACAAAGUCAAGGUAUUGGAGUGGCCAUCACAAAACCCUGACCUCAAUCCUAUAGAAAAUGUGUAGGCAGAACUGAAAAAGCAUGUGCGAGCAAGGAGGCCUACAAACCUGACUCAGUUACACCAGCUCUGUCAGGAGGAAUGGGCCAAAAUUCACCCAAUUUAUUGUGGGAAGCUUGUGGAAGGCUACCCGAAACGUUUGACCCAAGUUAAACAAUUUAAAGGCAAUGCUACCAAAUACUAAUUGAGUGUAUGUAAACUGCUGACCCACUUGUGGAAGGCUACCCGAAACGUUUGACCCAAGUUAAACAAUUUAAGGGCAAUGCUACCAAAUACUAAUUGAGUGUAUGUAAACUGCUGACCCACUGGGAAUGUUAUGAAAGAAAUAAAGCUGAAAUAAAUAAUUAUCUCUACUAUCAUUCUGACAUUUCACAUUCUUAAAAUAAAGUGGUGAUCCUAAUUGACCUAAGACAGGAAAUUUUUACUAGGAUUAAAUGUCAGGAAUUGUGAAAAACUGAGUUUAAAUGUUUUUGGCUAAGGUGUAUGUAAACUUCCGACUUCAACUGUAGCCUCUGUGGCCUUUUCUGUAGCCUACAGGGAGACCAAAUUUAUGACAAUGUCACGAUACAGACACUUUUUAGGCCUAAAUCAUGCGUGUUUCCAAUGAAAUAGCCGAAAUGGCGCCCUAUUUUUUAUAACUAAAAAAAUCGCUUCGAUGUGAAUAUUAAUUAACAUGUUAACAAACACACCACAUCCUAAAAACAGGAGAGGUCAAAGUAAAAUGGACAAUAGCAUUUGGAAUGAAAUUAGGCAAUUAGUCAAUUUCUAAGCUGAUCAUGGCUGUGAAGAAAAUACGAACUGCAUUUUCCAAGAUAAUGUUAUGCCGAUAGAGUUGGAACAGUUUCAUUUUAAUAAUAACAUUUUGUUUCUCAACAUCAUUGUCACGUGGUUAAUAAUAAAAAUCUAAAAGUUAAAAUUAAACUAAUGCGAGAGCACCAGCAUCUGCCAUAUUGACACAUUGAUACACCGUGAGCUAUUGGCAGCUAAAGAAAUGAGCACAUGGAACUCAGAGAUUGCCUAUAGGCCAAUGCAAGAGUAGGCCUAUAACUUUCAUUGUCAACUAAGUAAAAAUACAUAAAGCUGACAAAUGCAGUUUCUUUCAAUCGUAUUCAACUCUCUACUCCGCCUGUCUGCCUCCCUUGCUAUCGGUCUUGAUUUGAGCAUUUGCUAAUGAAGUGCAACAUUAUAUAAAAUCAAUCAACUGGGUAUGUCCCAAAGGGGUCACUAUAGCAAACUUGCAACAACUAGCUGGGCCCUAAGAGUUUCUUGCACCAGUGAGCUUGGGACAGACACAGCUGUUUUGCGCAAGGGAAAAGUGUUCAGGUAUUUUAUGACGUUCCCACUGGAUAUAUGGGAUCCUCAGAGCAUGACAUUUUGCUCUUUCACACCGCGGCUUGGUGAUUAUCGAGGGGGUGAGUGUUGGACAAAAAAAUACAUAAAUACUGUAGCUAGGUUUCCAUCCAAUUGGCGACAGAUUUUCAUGCGAAUAUUUUCAGAUUCACUUAGGAAAAGAAAUGAGCGCAUUUUCCCACCACAGAAUCGUUAACAAAACACUGUGUGUGAUGACAUAGUGCACAUAAAAAUACCUUUUGCGAUUAAAUUCCCAUAUACAAAAAUUAUUAGUCAAGUCUGUCAGGUAUCAGGACUAUAAAGCCAACGCAACUGCAUGUUUUACAAACGGUAGGCUUCCACAUGGACGGGCAUUCAUAAAAGUGCAUUGCGGGCCGACACUGUAGGCCAGGGUUCCCCAACUGACGGCCCCCCAAGUUUUCAGAUUUUUUAUUAUUUUGGAAAUCUGUUCCAAAGUAUUCCUACACAUAAUAGAGAGAUAUGUGAUCAUAAACAAAUGUAAGCAAGGUUUAAAAAUGAUUGUGUUUAGUAAAAUAUGAUAUCCGUUUGGGCUUCUUGCGGUCAAUUUGCAGUCUACAAAUUAUUUGUAAUUAUGUUCCGGCCCCCUGACCAUCCGCUCAAGAAGAAAAUGGUCCCACGGCUGAAUCUAGUUGAUGAUCCCUGUUGUAGGCUAUAGCCUAGUCUACUAAACUACUUUGCGGGUAUAAGAGGAGGGCGGCAAUUUUUGGGGUCUCGCCUUGUGCGGCAUAUUGGCCAGGACCGGCCUGUAUGUGUGUGUGUGUGUGUGUGUGUGUGUGUGUGUAUGUAUGUAUGCUUGCGUGUCAGUAUGUAUGAGCGUUUGAGGGUGUGUUUGUGACAGUAUUAUGAUACUGACCAUUCUCAUCCACCGCUAGAACACUGGCUCCUUUCCCCAGCAGCUCCUGAACCACUACAGUCAGACCAUUCCUAGCUGCUACAUGGAGGGGCCUGAGAGAGGUCGUGAGAGAGAGGAGAAAGAGGGUGAGAGACAGACACGCACGCCGAGUGAAGUCAUACUAGCCUAAUAACAUGCUAACUAAUAACACUGUGUAUAUGUUGGUGUUGUGGUGUGUUCCAUUUGUGAAAAUCAUUCAGGGUACAUACGUCUGUAGAGAAGUGUUGGUGCAGUUGAUAAAGUUUCUGUCUGAUAUCUUCUCUAGUAUCAACAACGCACUAGUCUCAUGGCCCUGAUGGAGAGAGAGAGAGAGAUGGAUAGAGAGAGGGUAAAACAUUUAACAAACAGUGAUUUGAUUAACAAUAUACAGUGGCUUGCGAAAGUAUUCACCCUCUUAGCAUUUUCCCUAUUUUGUUGCCUUACAACCUGGAAUUAAAAUAGAUUUUUGGGGGGUUUGUAUCAUUUGAUUUACACAACAUGCCUACCACUUUGUAGAUGCAACAUAUUUUCUAUUGUGAAACAAACAAGAAAUAAGACAAAAAAACUGAACUUGAGCGUGCAUAACUAUUCGUCACCCCCGAAGUCAAUACUUUGUAGAGCCACCUUUUGCAGCAAUUACAACUGCAAGUCUCUUGGGGUAUGUCUCUAAAGCUUGGCACAUCUAGCCACUGGGAUUUUUGCCCAUUCUUCAAGGCAAAACUGCUCCAGCUCCUUCAAGUUGGAUGGGUUCCACUGGUGUACAGCAAUAUUUAAGUCAUACCACAGAUUCUCAAUUGGAUUGAGGUCUGGGCUUUGACUAGGCCAUUCCAAGACAUUUAAAUGUUUCCCCUUAAACCACUCGAUUAUUGCUUUAGCAGUAUGCUUAGGGUCAUUGUUCUGCUGGAAGGUGAACCUCCGUCCCAGUCUCAAAUCUCUGGAAGACUGAAACAGGUUUCCCUCAAGAAUGUCCCUGUAUUUAGCGCCAUCCAUCAUUCCUUCAAUUCUGACCAGUUUCCCAGUCCCUGCCGAUGAAAAACAUCCCCACAGCAUGAUGCUGCCACCACCAUGCUUCACUGUGGGGAUGGUGUUCUUGGGGUGAUGAGGUGUUGGGUUUGCGCCAGACAUAGCGUUUUCCUUGAUGGCCAAAAAGCGCAAUUCUAGUCUCAUCUGACCAGAGUACCUUCUUCCAUAUGUUUGGGGAGUCUCCCACAUGCCUUUUGUUUGUUUGUUUGUUUCUUUAAGCAAUGGCUUUUUUCUGGCCACUCUUCUGUAAAGCCCAGCUCUGAGGAGUGUACGGCUUAAAGUGGUCCUAUGGACAGAUACUCCAAUCUCCGCUGUGGGUCAUCUUUGGUCUCUUUGUUGCCUCUCUGAUUAAUGCCCUCCUUGCCUGGUCCGUGAGUUUUGGUGGGCGGCCCUCUCUUGGCAGGUUUGCCAUAUUCUUUCCAUUUUUUAAUAAUGGAUUUAAUGGUGCUUCUGAUAUUUUUUUAUAACCCAACCCUGAUCUGUACUUCUUCACAACUUUGUCCCUGACCUGUUUGGAGAGCUCCUUGGUCUUCAUGGUGCCACUUGCUUGGUGGUGCCCCUUGCUUAGUGGUGUUGCAGACUCUGGGGCCUUUCAGAACAGGUGUAUAUAUAUACUGAGAUCAUGUGACACUUCGAUUGCACACAGGUGGAUUUUAUUUAACUAAUUAUGUGACUUCUGAAGGUAAUUGGUUGCACCAGAUCUUAUUUAGGGGCUUCAUAGCAAAGGGGGUGAAUACAUAUGCACGCACCACUUUUCCAUUAUGAAUUUUUUAGAAUUUUUUGAAACAAGUUAUUUUUUUCAUUUAACUUCACCAAUUUGGACUAUUUUGUGUAUGUCCAUUACAUGAAAUCCAAAUAAAAAUCCAUUUAAAUUACAGGUUGUAAUGCAACAAAAUAGGAAAAACGGCAAGGGGGAUGAAUACUUUUGCAAGGCAUUGUAUGGUGCUUGUGUGUGUAUUACCUUGCUACAUGCCAGGUGAAGGGCUGUGUUCUUGUUAGUAUCCUGUAGUGUGAGGUCUGCCUUAGCACUGCUCACCAACACCUCUAUAUGAGAGAGAGAGAGAGAGAGAGAGAGAGAGAGAGAGAGAGAGAGAGAGAGAGAGAGAGAGAGAGAGAGAGAGAGAGAGAGACCAGCAAACAGUUAUAUCAGAAGAGGUAAGGGAUGAGGGAUAGGUAGAGGGGACGAGAGGAGGAGGGGUAGAGAGUGUGUACUGACCUACAGCGUUGGUCUGUCCAUUGUGCGCUGCCAUCAUCAGCGGUGUGGUCCGUGUGUGUGUGUCGGAGGUGUUCGCCUGCGCACCGUGACUCAACAACAAGGACACACACUCCACAUGGUCCGAGAAUGCUGCCGCAUGGAGGGGAGACCUACAGCAGGGUGACAACACACACUGUUACACACACAGCUCACGUUCUGAGAGUAUGUGUGUGUGUGCGUUUGUAGGGCCGGCCCUGGGCAUAAGCCGCUUAGGGCCCCGUCCGCUAAGGGGCCCCCAACCCCCCCCCAAAAAACCUCUGUCGGGUCUCAACUUACUGUUGAGAGUUAGAAUAGUAGAAUACAGCAGGUGCCAUUUAGAAAUUUGGUUGUUUAUCAGAAGUUUUUCUCGUUAUGUCAGUCACAGACAGUCGCUAAAUUAGGCCAAUUUUUAUGUAUUUAUUGUUAAGUGAGUCUAGCCAGCUAUCUACACUUAGUUGAAUUAUCGAGCGGGCAAGAAGGGCUCGUGCCCAUGGGCCCUGACCUCCAGGGGGCGCACAUUGAUUUUAUUUACUCUCACUAAGCUAUCAUAUUAACAUGGUCAUGGCAAAAUUCAUGGCAACAUUUGGAAAAUUGCAGGAAAUUCGUUUUAAACUGCAAAAAUGUCUCUCCACCCUAUGGCAAAAUGUGUAGAAUUUCAGGAAAUUAACUAUAAAACUGCUAAAUGUUCUCUCUGCCCCAUUGCAAAAUUAGUAGAAUUGCAUGAAAUUAGUUAUAAAAUUGUUAAAUCUUCUCUGCGCCCCACGGAAAAAUUUGUAGAAUUGCAGGAAAUUCAUUAUACACUUUUUUUCCCCCUUCUCUUCACCGACAAGAGAGGGGGGACUAAAAUGUUUUGCCCGUGAGGUGCAACAUUUCGCUUAGGGCACCCAAAAGUCUAGGGCCAGCCCUGUGAGUGUGUUUCUGUGUGUGUGUGUUUAAUAAUUUGUGUGUAAUAAAACACUACUGGACAGUUUAUUAGGUAAACUGCUCGUUGAUGAGAGAGGUCGAAGGAGAAUGGCAAGAAUCAUGCAAGCUAACAGGCGGGCCACAAACCGACAAAUAACGGUGCAGUACAACAGUGGUGUGCAGAACGGCAUCUCGGAACAAUUUGUCGGUCCUUGUCACGGAUGGGCUAUUGCAGCAGACGACCACACCGGGUUCCACUCCUAUCAGCUAAAAACAAGAAGAAGUGGCUCCAGUUGGCACACAAUCACCAACACUGGACAAUUGAGGACUGGAAAAACAUUGCCUGGUCCGACGAAUCCCGGUCCCUGUUGCGUCAUGCUGAUGGCAGAGUCAGGAUUUGACGUAAGCAGCAUGAGUUCAUGGACCCAUCCUGCCUGGUACAGGCUGGUGGUGGUGGUGUAAUGGUGUGGGGAAUGUUUCCUGGCACACGUUAGGUCCCUUGAUACCAAUUGAGCAAGGAACGUUUGUGACAACUUGUAGAAUCGAUGCCCCGAAGAAGUCAGACUGUUCUGGAGGCAAAGGGGGGUCUGAGCCAGUCCUAGAUGGGUGUACCUAAUAAACUGUCCAGUGAAUGUAUAUGUGCGUGUAAUAAUGUGUCUCACCUGCCCUUGGUGUCUGUAGUGUUGACUAUAGCAGAACCCAGAGAGUUGAUCAACAUCUCAGCGACUCCCUCGUUGUCAUUCAUACUGAAACAGCAGAGAGGAAACACUUUUUUUCUUUAGGGGGUAGAUCAGCUUUAAUAUUGCAGAUAGAUUGUGGGUUCUAUCAAUGUAAUUGUCUGCAUCAUUUCCAAAUCACACUUUUACACUCAUUGAAUAUUUUAUUUACAUCCCCAUGUAACACAAAUUACACCUUUUUAGUGAUCAUAUAUUUAUUUUGGUGGUCAUAGACAUACUAGGACCUGUGAAUCUUAGCAAACGAGUGACUCACUGGGAUCGAACCCACAAGACUGUGUUAGCACCCUGAGCUUAAGCCUAGGCAUUCGAGAGUUAAGGCUUACACGGCACAGUGCAGAGGACUGAAGUGGUUUCCCUGUGUCUUCCUGAACACUUCCUGUUCCAACAACAACUCUACACACCCAUCAUAACCUGGAGAGAGAGAGAGAGAGAGAGAGAGAAACAGUCAAGAGCAAAUCACUUCUAUUUUCUAUAUAUCAUUCUAGUUAAUCAUUCAUUCAUUCUGAACAGUUAACCAACAUUAAUCUCAUGAUUCUCUAACGCUGUGUGUGCGUGUUUACCGUUGUAGCAGGCCCAGUGCAGUGGUGUGUAUCCGUGGUUGUCGGUAAGAAGUGUGUGUGUGUGCGAGGCAUUAGCAGCCUGUAGUAGUGCUCCCAGCACCCCGGUGUGUCCGCAGGCCGCCGCCAGAUGUAGCGGAGAGCGCCCCGCCCGGUCGCACACACACACACUCGCCCCGCGCUGCAACAACGCCUCCACACACUCCUCAUGACCCGACACCGCCUGGCGAAACAAAACAGAUUAUUGUAAGUGUGUGUGUGUUCUUGUGUCUGAGUUUGCAUGUGUGGUGUGUGUGUGUAUAUGUAUGGUGUACAGUGCAUUCGGAAAGUAUUCAGACCCCUUCAGUUUUUUUGCUUUGUAAUUAUGGGGUAUUGUGUGUAGAUUGAUGUAAAUUUUAGAAUAAGGCUGUAACAUAACAAAAUGUGGAAAAAGUCAAGGGGUCUGAAUACUUUCCGAAUGCACUGUAUGUGUAUAUGGUGUGUGUGUGUUUUUUGCGUUUGUGCUUCUGUGUGUGUGUGUGUGUGUGUGUUUGAGUGUAUAGGGACUAGGGAGUUAGUGCGUCACCCCGCGGUGUAGUGCAGUCCUGCCCCAGUGGUCUUUAGCCUCUACGUUAGCUCCUCUACUCAGUAGAGAAUACACACUCUCUGUGUGUCCGCUCAGUACCGCCAGCAUCAGAGGGGUCCUAUACACACACACAAUCAAUAUAUUUAACAAUCACUCAAUCAAUCGAUCAUUGAUUAAUCAGCCAAUUAUAAAAGUUAGUUAGCUCAAACAGUCAAUACAUUCCUCUCUCACACACACUUACUGUCCGUUGGCGUCUUGUACGUCUACAGAGUUGUGUGUGUCUAUGUUGUUGAUGAGGAGAUGGAGACAGUCAGAGUGGCCGUUCAUCGCUGCAGGAGGAGACACACUCAGGGUUAGGAAAUAAGAUGGGUAUGCAGUGUGUGUGUGUGUGUGUGUGUGUGUGUGUUUGUACCUCUAGAGGGUGUAUGAGUGUUGUCUUCUGUGUGUAGUCAUUGUGUGUCUGUUAGCUCUGUGGUGCGUCUGUUAACUCUGUGGUGCGUCUGUGGUGCAUCUGUUAGCGCUGUGGUGCAUCUGUUAGCUCUGUGGUGCAUCUGUUAGCGCUGUGGUGCGUCUGUUAGCUCUGUGGUGCGCGUCUGUUAGCGCUGUGGUGCGCGUCUGUUAGCGCUGUGGUGCGCGUCUGUUAGCGCUGUGGUGCGCGUCUGUUAGCGCUGUGGUGCGCGUCUGUUAGCGCUGUGGUGCGCGUCUGUUAGCGCUGUGGUGCGCGUCUGUUAGCGCUGUGGUGCAUCUGUUAGCUCUGUGGUGCGCGUCUGUUAGCGCUGUGGUGCGCGUCUGUUAGCGCUGUGGUGCGCGUCUGUUAGCGCUGUGGUGCGCGUCUGUUAGCGCUGUGGUGCGCGUCUGUUAGCGCUGUGGUGCGCGUCUGUUAGCGCUGUGGUGCGCGUCUGUUAGCGCUGUGGUGUGCAUCUUAGCUCUGUGGUGUGCGUCUUAGCUCUGUGGUGUGCGUCUUAGCUCUGUGGUGUGCGUCUUAGCUCUGUGGUGUGCGUCUUAGCUCUGUGGUGUGUCUGUAUGUAUCUGCGGUGUGUAAUACAUAUAAUACCUGCAGCGUGUAAGGCUGUCCUCUUCAGUGUGUAAUCCUUGGUGUGUGUGUGAGCUCCGUGGUGCAGUAACAGUGACACACACUCCUGGUGGCCCCUGGAGCAGGCUAGGGAGAGCGGGGUCCGGCCGUCAGGGGUCCGAAUGUCCACCUCCAACAGACCGGCAGCCAACACCUCCAACACACCACAGUGACCAUGGUACGCCUGGAGAUCCCACACCAACCAAUCCAAAUCUAUAUGUUUAUCACAGUGGUUCCCAAACUUCCUUGCAUUGUGCCCCACUUAAAGCGUUUAGAUUUUUCUAGUAACCUACAGACUAACUGACAGCGGAGUGUGUGUGACUCACCGCAAGGUGAAGGGGGCUGAUGAGGGCGUGGUUAUCAGAGUCACUCAGGAUGUCUGUACCUGAUGUCUCCAUCAGCUGAGUGAGUGAGUGAGAGUGAGAGUGAGAGUGUGAGUGAGAGUGAGAGUGAGAGUGAGAGUGUGAGUGUGAGUGUGAGUGUGAGUGUGAGUGUGAGUGUGAGAGAGAGAGAGAGAGAGAGAGAGAGAGAACCUUCAUUAUUAUUCUCUUAAAGCUAUAACAUUAGAACAAGCCGCAGAGGAUGCUCCUCUCCUGUGUCAUCAUACCACUAAUGUAGUCCAGCUACUUACCACGUCUAGAGGAGUCUCCCUGGCUAUCUGAAAAACAAGAAGACAUUGUGUCAAACCCAGUCCCUACCUGUAGUGGGCAGUAUGUAAUGGUGUACCGGGUAGGUAAUGUACAACCAGGAUAUACUAACCAGUUCAAGGCAGAGUGUGUGUCCGUAUGCCGAUGCGUAGUGGACUGGGUUGUAGCCCUGUCGGUCUCUGAUCCCUGGGUUGGCAUCGCUCCUCAAUAGGUACUCUACACACCUGACACACACACAGAGGAUCAGUCAGUCAGUCAGUCAGUCAGUCAGACAGACAGAGACAGUCAGACAGACAGACAGACGUUACUAUUACUUACUUUCCCUCUGUGCCAGCAGCAGCGUAGUGUAGAGGAGAACAGCCCCUCUCAUCCAGCUCGUUGACUCCAGCGCCAGACCCCACCAGGGCAAACACACACUGAGAGUUACUGUUACAACAGGCGUAGUGAAGAGGAGUCCUGGAGAGAAGAGAGUUACUGUCACAACAGGCAUGGAGUCCAUUUGCUUCCGUUUAAGAAACGUUUUGCAACAGAAUCGGCAGAAUGAAUACACCCCUGGAGAGAAGGGGAAGAACAUUCAUCUUCUUUACAGAGAAUGUGUAUUUUUGCAGGCAUGUACGCACACAAACACUGAAUGUGAAGCUGAACCACUGACCUUCCAAACCUGUCCUUCUUGUUGAAGUCUGCUCCUGUAUUCAACAACAGAUUCAAACACUCCAGGUUCCUGAUAGAGAGAGGGUGACCAGAGAGAAAGAGAGAUGUUUCCUUGUACAGUAGAACCUUGGAUAGAACAGCUAACUGCAGAAAUGACUUAAAAAUCCAAGAGCACAGGACAUUUUUACAUUUACAUUUUAUUCAUUUAGCAGACGCUCUUAUCCAGAGCAAUUAGGGUUAAGUGCCUUGCUCAAGGGCACAGACAGAUUUUUCACCUAGUCGGCUCGGGGAUUAGAACCAGUGACCUUUCGGUUACUGGCACAACGCUCUUAACCACUAAGCUACCUGCCGCCACAGGACAGAGAGAGAACAAACAAGGGAGAGUUUAAAGAGUUCUCGUCUCACCCUCCUGCGGCCGCAGCAUGUAGACAGGUCCUUCCAAAGUGGUCAGGGGUGUCUAUGUGGAAGUCUGAGGACAGCAGUUUCCUGCAGCAGUCAGAGAAGCCACUGAGAGCUGCCAGGUGGAGGGGGAACAUGCCAUGGACGCCACGCCUGUAACAAACAUCAAGUCAGCGGUGCUUAGCCAGGUGUUGGUCACUGUGUUGGUCUCCAACUCAGUC